GUCGUUUGGAGCCGCGGUGAUGCCCGCUGGGAUGUUCAGCAUAGACAGCAUCUUGUCCGGACGGACGGGCUGCAAAGAGCCGCUGCUGCUGCACAGGAGCCCCGUGCUUCUGUCCACCGCGGGCCUUACGGACUCUAUUUACCCCGAUUAUAAUGGACUAUAUUCGGCCACAUGCGGCCCGUCUCCUCCCGGUGUGCAGUCCGUUAGCGGGACUAGAUUGGGAUAUAACAGCUACUACUACGGACAACUACACGUUCAGGGGCCCGGGGUCCAGGGGGCCGGAGGAGCACCGCCCUGCUGCGGGUCUGUGCCCGGCCUCAGCCCACAGCAAUGCCCCUGCAUCCCACCAGGUUACGAGAGCCCGGCCUCCGUGCUGCUGUCCCCGGUCCCGCAGAUGAUGUCCUACAUGAACAUGAGUCUGUCCCGCACCGAGCUCCAGCUCCUCAACCAGCUGCACUGCCGCCGGAAGCGCCGCCACCGGACCAUCUUCACGGACGAGCAGCUCGAGGCACUGGAGGGCCUCUUCCAGGAGACCAAGUACCCGGAUGUGGGCACGAGGGAGCAGCUGGCCCGAAAAGUGCACCUGCGCGAGGAGAAAGUCGAGGUUUGGUUCAAAAACAGACGCGCGAAGUGGAGGAGGCAGAAACGCUCUUCGUCAGAGGAGUCCGAGAACGCGCAGAAAUGGAACAAAACGAACAAAAUGUCCGCGGAGAAAGCCGAGGAGAGUAAGAGCGAGGCGGACUCUGACAGCUGA